AUGGGCGUGCUCCCGCUCGAGAUGAUCCACGCCGUUCUGCAGCAGCUGGACCUCGCGAGCCUGGCGCGCCUCGGGGAUUGCGUCAGCACCGGCAUGCGCCGCGCCGUCACCAGCUUGCCGCAGCUGCGCGCCGUCGAGGAGUGCGCGCACGACGCCAUCCGCGCCAUCCGGGCGGCUCGCAUCGGACACCUCGUCCGCUGCGACGAAAUGUACGUGGAGCUGCGUCGGCCGACGUGCGCGCAGUGCAAGUUCCAGCCCGGACACUAUCUCUACCUGCUGUCGUGCCAGCGCGUGUGCAAGGCCUGCCUCGUCGGGCGCACGCGUUUCCAGCCGCUGCGGCCGGCACAGGUCGCCAAGGAGUUUGGCAUGCACAGCCAGGAUGUCCGUCGUCUGCCGCGGCUGCGCGUGCCCAAGUACUCGCCGCGCGCGAGGGCGCUGCGCUGCGGCAGCGGCCGCGCCUGGCGGGCGGCGUCGGCGGGCAGGGCAAAGCAGCGCAACACCACCGGAUGGCUGCUCAUCGACCGCGAGGUGGCCCUGCGGACGAGCCUGCAGCUCAAGUACGAAACGGGCGCCAUUGACCGCCCGACAUGGGAGCGCCAGACGAGCCGUGAGGUUGCGAAGCUCCACAGGGAGCGGACGGCCCCGAUGCAAGCGACGUCGUCGACGCUGACGCCGGAACGCGCCUACUCGGCGGCGGUACUGUUCCCGUGGUUUGACCGCAACACGCGGAAUGUCGGCCGUCCGGUGCUGUGCCGCGCGUGUCGCUUCGGCAACGCGCCCGCUUCGCAGUGGUAUUAUUGCCAAACGGGCGAAAAGGACCAUUUCGACCACUACGGACCCAUCGUGAAUGGAGCGCAUGUGAAGCCUUCUAUGAGUACAAGCAAGCCUUCUGCUCAGAAAAACGACCCUUCUGCUCAGAAGAAAAAGAGCUCUGGCUGGAAGAACAAGAAGUAA